UUCCUCGCUUAAUUAUAGAUACCGUGAUUACAUAUUACGUAUAUGACUAAUUUUCAAAGACACAAGCAUAUUUAAAACUAAUAGAGAUUUAUCAAAAGAAAGUUUAUUUCAAUGACUGUGAAGCUAUAUUAAAUUCUGCUCCUUUUCACGAACUUUAAAAUGCAUUUAAUUUAGUUUAACUAAUAUUUUAAGUAUCGUUUUGCAUAUAUCUGUUUUAGUUACUCGUAAAUGUUUUAGAGUGGAUUAAUACUGCAAUUCAUGCAUUGAUAAGCGUAAAUAAUGCACUUGAUAUAUGAGUGCGGCUAUCUUUGAUCCGUUAGUGAUCAAAGAUAGCCGCAUUCGUACAGAUGCACUCACCCAGAUCGUUGUGACGCCAAAACACUUAAUUAUUAAGCGUUCAACAUCCGCUUGACUAUGCAAAGAUAAAUUAUUAAAGCGGAUUGAUUAAAAAUAAAAAGAAUUUCAUAUUUAUCUGAUAAAAACGUAAAGAGUAAACAAGAUUUUCUUAUCAAAUCCCACUCAAAUACUAAAAUACACAUUACCACUGCUGCGGUGUCUUCACUCUGCACUAACAGCCUUCUACACUACGCAUGAUCCUUUCAUAUUAUAUAUGUUAGCUCUACUAAACACGCCCACUCCUAGUUUUGUACUGUUAUAGAGCUAUAUUUGCACCACUACAGUGUCAUCUUGCCUAUUAAUAAAUUAUCACGUCUCGUAGGAAGGUAACGUCAAAUAAAUUUUAAUUUUAAAUUCAACGAAUGAACUAAACUGACUCGAAAUUUCGAAAGAAGUCUAAUUGUUUAAGGCAAAAAAAGUAACAUGACUGCUGCAGUUUGGUUGUGGGGAAUUCUUUUCCUUUUCUCCCAGCUUCGGAUUUCUUGGACAGAAAAUACUACAUGUGUGAGUGACGACGUGUUCACAAAACUCAAAGAAGUAGACAAACUCAUCCAUCAGAUCAUAGGAUUUCCUCCGGAAAUAAGGCAAAUACCGACGGAUUGUACCGAUAUUAAAAAGCAGGGGAUUAAAACGUCUGGCAUUUAUGAAAUACGAGUUAUGAAAAAUCAAACAAUACCUUUUUGUUUCAAAGUGUAUUGCGAUAUGAAAACAGACGGCGGCGGAUGGACGGUGUUUCAAAGAAGAGGAGAUUUUAAACAACCUGUUUCCUAUUUCUAUAAAGAUUGGAAAAGAUAUGCGGAAGGAUUCGGAAAACUGGACGAAGACUUUUGGUUAGGCAAUGAAAAAUUAUAUUAUUUAACAAAUCAAGGAAACUAUUAUCUCAGGAUUGAUAUGAAAGACAAAGAAAAUGCGACAUCAUAUGCCCAAUAUGGAGAAUUCAGAAUUGGGAACGAAGAAAAUUUGUAUAAAUUACAUGUAAGGAAUUACAGUGGUGAAGCUGGUGAUAGUCUUACUCGGAAUCACACGAACAUGUUUUUCAGUACAUUUGACAAAGAUAACGAUAAAUCGAAUACUACAAAUUGCGCCCAAAAGUACGAAGGUGCGUGGUGGUAUAACGAAUGCCACUAUUCGAAUUUAAACGGAUUAUAUUUGAAUGGCAAGAAUGAACUGAGAGGCAAAGGCAUAGUAUGGAGCAGUUGGAAAGAUUCAUAUUAUUCAUUACCCGUUGUUGAAAUGAAGAUUCGUCGUAUAUAAAAUCAAAUAUGUGUGUAUAAAGAUUUCAAAUAUGAACAUAAGAAAUAUAUGUUGCAGAUAUAAAGUCUUUUAUUCAAAUAAAUAACUCAGUAAUGUA